AUUUCGAUUUAAUAAUUCAGUAAAUGGCAUUGUGAAUCUUGUGCACAAAGUUUCGUUCAAGAAUUUCAAUUAAAAACACACAAGUGCAAUAAAAAGUCAAAUAAUGAUGAAUCUCGCCUCAGACCAGUUAUGAACUUUAAUCUUGAUACCCCUGAAGCAAUUGCAAAGUGGAUUGAGGAUCGAAAGAAAAACUAUCCGACAAAUGCUAAUAUAGCACGCAAAAAAGAGUUAGAAGCUGAACGUAUUGCUCGUGGUAAAAUCCUUAAGGCUCAGGCUAAGAAACGAUCUUUAGAGUAUUCACAAAGAAGUUACGAUGUAAUUAAAAAGAUGCGAUUAGAAAAUGGAAGACAAAUAAAUACAAGAACUAAUACUGGUCGUAAUGGCCCAUGUGGAUCCACCGAUUUGUUAGUGGCAGCAUCCGCCGCCGGCGCAUCCCUUGAUGAUAAGAUCAUUCGGAUGAUACAACCUGCGCUGUCUACGUUGUUUAGAAAUCGAAAUUCAAUAAUAAAUAACAAAGUUUUAAAAACAGUUUCUAAUUCAAAGGUUUCAGUUUCAAAAAAAAAUAGAAAGACUGGAGAUCUUUACAGUAAAGUCUGUGUAAAAUACAGGCAAGGACAUUGUCCUAGGGGUAAAGAUUGUACAAAUAAGCAUUAUGGGAAGAUGAUCUGUCCUCCUCUUCAACGACCACCUGAUGAUGCCAGAUGCAGACAAAGAAAUUUACGAGAAUUGCUUUUACACAAAGAAAUUGUGGAGGAGAAAAAUAUGAUUUUACAAUGUCUCAGACAUAUAGUAAAUAAUAACUUUUUCGGGGUAGUUACACAUAAUGCGAUAAAAGAUGCUAAAAAGCGAGGGGAAGCACUUGUUACUGAAGUUGGCGAUCAUGUUAUCAACCGGUAAAAAAGAUCUAUCUAGUAAUCUAGUAACCCGUUAAAUAAAAGCGUAAGAAUAAUUCACAUUUGCAAAGAGUAUUAUAAUCGACUAUACGAGUCUAGAAAUAUUGAUAUAAGAUUGAGGGUUUUUUCAAUAAAAAAAAAGUAAUUAAUGUAUUAUUUAUGUAUUUGAAAUUGGGUAUUGUUAAAUAUU